GGCGGCGGCUGCGGGAUGGAGAUCGGGUGGCCGACGGAGGUGCAGCACGUGGCACACGUCACCUUCGAUAGGUUCCAUGGCUUCCUGGGGCUCCCCGUCGAGUUCGAGCCCGAGGUGCCCCGCCGUGCUCCCAGUGCCAGUGCAAGUGUCUUUGGAGUUUCAACAGAAUCAAUGCAAUGUUCCUAUGAUUCCAGAGGAAACAGUGUUCCGACGAUUCUCUUGAUGAUGCAAAGACGUCUUUAUGAACAAGGUGGUCUUCGGUCAGAAGGUAUUUUCCGUAUAAAUGCGGAAAAUAGCCAGGAGGAGCUUGUGAGAGACCGGUUAAACAGAGGAAUUGUGCCGUAUGGUAUUGAUGUCCAUUGUUUGGCAGGUCUAAUCAAAGCGUGGUUUAGGGAACUGCCGAGUGGGGUGCUGGACCCUAUUCCACCUGAACAGGUGAUGCAAUGCCAAUCUGAAGAGGAUUGUGCUCGGGUUGCCAAAUGCCUUCCACUAACUGAAGCAGCCUUACUUGGCUGGGCCGUCAAUUUGAUGGCUGAUGUUGUCCAAGAAGAACAUAUAAACAAGAUGAAUGCUCGUAACAUCGCAAUGGUUUUUGCACCAAAUAUGACUCAGAUGGCAGAUCCUUUGACUGCACUGAUGUAUGCAGUGCAAGUGAUGAAUUUUCUCAAGAUGCUGAUACAAAAGACCCUCAAGGAUAGAGAAGAGUCCAACCUGGAGGAUGGGUCUUUGCCCCAAAAGGACUCACCUGAUGAAAAUGGGCAUCAUAACCCCUGCCUACCUGUCGAUUCUCACCAUCAGGAAGGAUCAAGGCGUCCUUCUUUCUUCAGCGAGGAGCCUCUUCUGAACAGCCCUGGGCACGGCACUGAAGAUAAGCUGAAUGACACUAAUCCUGCCGGAGGAGACUCUCCACCUUCUGGCCAGACAGGCAAUGUCCUGACAAACACGGAGGGCUCCUCUAGUUGGUCCCAACCUCUUCCUGCUGCUUCAUUCACCGCUGAUGCUUCCUGUGCUACAACUGUGAAUUCACUACAAGGCAAGGGGAGCCGCAGCUUGAACAGUCGGAGGACUAGAAAGGGCAAGGGGCAGUCUGGAACACCCGCUAUUGCUCCAGCUGAUAAAAAAACACGAGGAGCGAGCAUCGUGAGCAGAUUAAACUCCACGGUUGAACGGAUCGAAGCGUGGAGAUGAAUGAGAUCAGAUGAUGCUGUUAUUUCUUUGGUGUAGUAGAUUACUGACACGAUGUGUUCCUGCAUAUAGGAACGAUUGAGAAUUGGUGUUCCCGCUGUUCUGCAUUUUUGAUGUGGUUAUUAUUUCCUGUCAGAUCACAAUCUUUGUAUUUUUUGUUUGUUUGUUUGUUCCCCCACCUACACUAACUUCUGUAUCUUGCUUAUUGAUACUUCUCAUUGUUGAGUAAAUUAAACUGAGGCCGUUCCUUU